AUGCUUGUAGGACACAUCGGUCCAUCGGCGCUCAUAGAGAUGAUCAGAAUAAUAAAAAUCGGUAAGCUUACUUCCGCCUUUUCCAAAUACUUAUCACAAAAACGAAGAGUAGACAAACAAACAAACAAGGGAAGAUAACAAUUGUAACAAAUUUUAUUUUAUCUCUCAGUUCGUAGAUGGGGACCUCGAACUCAGUUAAUAAGGGCUUUAUAAGCUAAUUAAACAAAGGAUUACGGCAAUUGAAAGCUACAAAUGAUACAAUAUUGACAUCGAUUGUUUGGUGCGUCUAGCACUCGAGCUCAAAUUAUGAAAAAAGUUCGACACUUGAAAUUAUUGUGAAAUAAUACUAGUGAUUUGACAAAACAUGUCAAAUUUUUUUCACAAUAUCUGAAUCAAAAAGUUUGUGUUUACAAUUUUUGUAGUAUGUUUUCAUCUUACUUUAAUCGGGAUGAACAUGUGGUAGCAGCACCACCGGAGCAACCAACAUCAGCAGAAACGACAACAAAAGCGAAAACAAAACCUCAAUAGAAACAGGCUUAGUCCCCAGUUUUUUUCGUUUGCUAACGCGCCUGUUUCCCCCUUCCCCCACCCCACCCCCCUUUCCUAGGAUCAGCAUGCAUACUCUCCAUACUUUUCUCCCUACAUUUCACAUGUUACACACAAGGAGAAUUCGUCGGUCGUCUCCAGUUCUCGAUCAUUUCCUUUAUUCUCAUAUCCGUAUUGUUUGAUUCAGGGACGGUAUUGUUGAAAGAAAUUAGAAGCUUAAGGUUGAAGGGUUAUAAGCUAUAAACUUUAAGAUUUUGCACGUUUUGCUUAUUUUCAGGUGGUCUGGUGUGUUUCAACAUCCGAGAUGGGCAACUAGAGGACUAUCAAGAGAAGAUAUCGGAAUUAGAGUCAUUGGGAUCGUGGAAAUUAAUCUCAAAAAGGUCAUUGCCAUUUUUUGAAAGCGAUGACAUGCCUAGAGAAACUUUCCUGUUUAUAUGUCAAGUCUUGGAUUCUGCGAGGUGAUUGUGCAAAUGGAAAGCGUGGCGUUCUGAAUGAUACCGCUGUGACUGAGACUGGGAUAAAGACGUCCUUACUAAGCUUCCGAAUGUUUAUAACAACGAAAUUUUAACGUUGCACAAUAAAAGCCGACUUCGAAUAACUAGGUAUGGAAAACAGUUUAACCUGUAUUAAGCGAUCACCAAUGGGAAAAGGUGGGGUGACUGCAUAAUACAGGUGGACCGCUUUUAAAGCUCUGUUUAGCCAAGGGUAAAAAUUCCGGACGUUCUGCUGCCGUGGGCGAAUCAAAACCUCUACAAGCAAUCAGAGUCUCUUUUUUGGAAAGAACUCGAUCAAAAUAUUAUCCCUGAUCCUUACAGGAGAGUCAAAUUCCGGCCAUGCACCCUCUCUUAUCAAAAUACAAGAAAUAACACGUUUCCUGUAAUUUAUUUAUUUCUUGUUUUUGUAAGGCUUAAUACAACCGCAAAGUGUGAUACGGUGCACAUUAUAAUAUAAUAAUAUUGUAAUCAAAUUUUGUUGAGUUCAAGUUAGUGGUCUUACUAAUGCUUCAGGAUUUUGUAGACAAAAAAUGACGAGGUUUGAGGCAUGUCGUCUGUCUGGAAAUGGGGAAUCGUGUCCUUGACAACAUUCACCCACUUUCCCUCUUUCUCCAAUUCUUCCAUCAUUGGCUGAUAUCGUUCAAGCUCACCAAAUCGAAUGUUGAAGCUAAGAAGACCAUCUACGAUUUAGGAAAAAAAAAAGAUCAAUAUUUGAAUAUAUACACACAAAAGGAAACGGAAUGAUUUGAGGUGAUAUAUUGAAUCUUGCGAGCACUGACCCCUACUUUCCUCAAGUAACUUUCAUAUUUUAUAUAUAACAAUUUACCUCGCAGAAGUGAUAACUAAGGUUCGGAAAGAAAAAACUGGGC